AUGGUUGAAUCUCAACAUUCAAAAAGCAUACAAGGUAUUUCAGUAUCUAGAGGUGCACCACCUAUUAAUCAUCUGCUAUUUUCAGAUGAUUGCCUCAUUUUUACUCAUGCAAAUUUAACCAGUGUGAAUAAUCUCUUGCAAGUUUUACAAGACUUUAGUUCACAAUCUGGUCAAGUCAUUAAUUUUGGCAAAUCUUAUAUCCUCUUCAGUAACAACAUGGAUCUUGUGGUAUGUGACUCUCUAAGUAACAUACUUGGUGUUCAACCUAUGAGUAAAAAUGAGAAAUAUUUGGGAUCUCCUCUAAUUAUUGGCAGAUCAAAAGUCAAAGCAUUUGAAAGAAGGUUGGGUAAUUGGCAGGGCACUACAAUACAUCAAGCUGGUAGAUCUACUAUGGUUAAAGCAUUUCUCAACUCCAUUCCUAUGUAUCAAAUGAGCACUUUCAAAAUGCCAAAGAAAAUUCUCAAGAAACUGGACUCUAUUCAAAGAAAAUUCUGGUGGGGGUUCAAAUCUAAUAAAGGUUUUAAUCUCAUUUCUUGGCAGAAUAUGUGUUUAUCUAAAGAUUUAGGGGGUCUGGCUUUCAGAGACUUAGAAAUGAUGAAUCAUGCACUUCUGGCUAAACUGGCGUGGAGAAUUUGUCACAACUCUGAUAAUUUGCUGGGUCAAUUACUUCAAGCCAAAUAUCAUAAGAAUGAGGAGUUUCUUCAUUUACAUGGUGAAAGAAGCAAUUCUUCUUUGGUUUGGUAG